UCUACUGUAGACUUUAGAAAGAUUGGUUCUCUCUAUAAGGAAAACUGAUAAUGAGAAGAAAAAAAUUGGGAAUGUUAAAUCGUGACAAGUGAUACAGAAUAACGGGUAUAGUGCAGUUGUCAUGGUAACAAGCAGGAGGAGGAAUUGAGGAGAAGAUCAUCAGGAAAGCACAGUGAUGGCGGCUGCUGGUUUGUACCUUAUAAACUAUAAACUACAUCUCACAACAGGCUCACCGUCCCAAAUAUAUUGGAAUAAGUUUGAUAUUGACUUUUUAUCUUCUGCAGAACACAAAAGAAGAUAUUUUGAAAAUGUUGGAAACCAAACAAACCGAAUCUCAUUGACUUCCAUUGUAUAGACACAAACCCACUAAGACAUUUCUCAAAAUAUCUUCUUUGUGUUCCACAGAAGAAAGAGCCACAUACAGGUUUUAAACGACAUGAGGGUGAAUAAAUGAUGUCAGAAUUUUUUGGGUUGUGGAAUGUCUCAUAAUUUAAAAUAUGCACAAUAUCAAUAGUGAUGCUUUUCUGUUAUGUUUUUUAGAAAGGGGAACGGGGAAGGGAAAGGGAAAAUAACCCAGAUUCACCCUGACACGGCAAAAAACAAUAUACAUUAAAACGCAUGCAUGCGUCUUUGAGAGAGGUGGAGUAUGUAAGUGUCGUCACCUGUCGUCACUCUGAACCGGUAACCUCCCCUCCUCUCUUCUUUCCUCCCCGCCUCUCUCUCUCCUCCUCCAAACACGCUCAGACCUUACACUCAAGCAAAUUACCUCACUCACACUCAAGCUGUCGCAAGCAGACGCCUCUAAUCCACACAGCUGCUCUCUACCAGCAUAUGCAGAACAGAGAAACAAGAAGGCGACACAUCUGUACUGCUCUCAUGAAGUGCUACAUACUUCCACUCCUCUUCAUCCUCCGGGUGAGGGGGGGACUCGGGACCCCACUAACGGCCAGUCCCAGCCCCACCGAGACCCCCAGCACGCUGCCGGACCCAUGCGAGGGCAGACCAUGUCUGAACGGUGGCAUUUGUAGUCGGGUGGGAGAGAUUGAGGACGGCACCCAGAUGCAGUUGGAUCUUUGGACUUAUGCUUGCAUCUGCGGCCAGGGGUUUACAGGACAGAACUGUGAGUUUUUUGCAGAUCCCUGUGCCAGCAGCCCCUGUCUCCAUGGCAACUGUAGCCAGGACGGCGAGGGGGAUGGGUUCGUAUGCGAGUGCAGCGAGGGUUACGGCGGCGUCCGAUGUGACCUGCCGACCUUGACCUUUGACCUGUCCGAGUCCACCUGGGACCUCGCCGAGAGCCAGGUGCCGGAACACGCCACUCCCGCCACUCCGGCCACCCCUGCGACCACCACUCAAGUCUUUCAGCCAACCACAGUCCCCACCACUACUCAGGCUCCGCCCACCCUGGAACCGUGGCAAGCCAAGCCAGGUCAAAAGGUGGUGGAGAUAUUGUGGGAGAAUCAACAGAUCACGGAUGAAGCGGAGUGCGUGAGUACCGCCGGAGGAGAGUCUGCCGGCAUGAUGACCGUGUCCAUGGAGGUCGCCGAGGAAACGGCUGUGAAGUUGGUGGGGAACGUGAGCAGCUCUGCUGUGUUGUGGCGUGUAGGUGAAGCUGGUUAUGAGCAGUGCUCUGUUGUUGAUGGCACAAUCAUGUGGUUUCAACAGAGCUCGGAUGGACUGGUUCUACCCGACCAUUCUCUGCCAUUCGGGCACAACUAUUUCAUCAGUGUGCUGCAUGUUGGGACAUCCUCUGGUCCAGAGGUCACUUUGAGGCUGCACCUCAUGGUUAAAACCAACAACUGCAUGGAACCCGGCAGAGGUUUCAGCGACCCACAAUGCUCUGGGAAAGGAAAAUGCAUCACCCAGUCCUCUGUGGACACGUUUUACUGUCAGUGUGGGGAUGGCUAUUCUGGUAUCUUCUGCGAGGAGUUUGACGCGUGCCACGUAUAUCCCUGUGAGAAUAACGCCACCUGUGCUGAUCUCAGACAGAGAGAUGAAGGACAAAACUACACUUGUACCUGCCAACCAGGUUUUGAGGGAGAUCGCUGUCAGUCUUUGGUGGAUCAAUGUGCCUCUGGACCCUGCAGGAAUGGAGCCACUUGUACCGGCAGUCUAGAAGGAGCUCACUGCUAUUGUGCAGAAGGUUAUCAAGGUGCUAUGUGUGAGCAGAAAAUCGACCCCUGUGCUUCUGGGCCCUGUCACAAUAAUGGCAGCUGUUUUCCACAGGGCACUGGUUUGGCCUUCAGCUGCACAUGUCCCGCUGGUUUCACUGGACCCACCUGCGCCCAGCUGGUGGACUUCUGCGCCCUCAAUCCAUGCGCUCACGGCAUCUGCCGCAGCAUUGGUACCAGCUAUAGGUGCCUGUGUGUGCCGGGUUAUCAUGGUCUGUACUGUGAAGAGGAGUAUAAUGAAUGUUUGUCUGCUCCCUGUCAGAACUACGCCACAUGCAGGGAUCUUAUCAAUGCCUACGAGUGCAUCUGCGCUCCCCAGUUCACAGGAAAGCACUGUGAGAUAUAUAAGGACCCCUGUCUGAAACUCAGAUGCCAGAAUGGUGGACGCUGUGAAAGCAGUGGUAGAAAUGCGUCCUGUGUGUGUCCCCCAGGAUACAUGGGCGAGAACUGUGAAGUUGACCUGAAUGAAUGUGAGAGUAACCCUUGUCACCAUGGCGGCACCUGCAUCGACCAAUCAAAUGGCUACACCUGCCACUGCCCACCUGGCUGGGUAGGAGGCAGCUGUGAGAUCCAUUUGCAGUGGAAGAUGUCUCAGCCUGUGGACUCAUUGACCAAUAUGCCUCGUCACUCUCUCUACAUAAUAAUAGGGGCUCUGUGCGUUGCCUUUGUCUUGAUGCUCAUCAUCCUCAUCGUCGGCAUCUGUCGCAUCAGUCGGAUCGAGUACCAGGGCUCGUCCCGUCAUGCCUACCAUGAGUUUUACAACUGCCGCAGCAUCGACAGUGAUUUCAGUAAUGCUAUCGCUUCCAUUCGCCAUGCAAGGUUUGGAAAGAAAUCCAGACCAGCGAUGUAUGACGCCACUCCUAUCAGCUAUGAAGACUACAGUCCAGAUGACAAGCCCCUCGUCGCACUCAUUAAAACAAAAGAUUUGUGAAGCAAUACACUUUAAACACACACAAACACGUAUAUACACUAUAUAUAUAUCACACACAGGCACUGUUCCAGCCUUUGAAAUGAGCCAAUAAUUCAGCAUUUAUGUCCAGAAAAUAAUUUAAAUCAAAAAUCAAAACCCAACAUAAAACUUUUGAUAUAUUUUACCAUAGUAACACACUGAGCUUUUGGUGCUUUAUAUCAGUACGAUUUUAUUCAUCAAGCACCUAGAGUGCAUCACAGAUUUAGUGUAAACCGGAGACAAACGUGUUUUGUUUGCUGACGCAAAUAUUUUGUGGAAUGUGAGUAGAUGAAUACCAAGCUACAUGCCGAGGGAUUUCACCAACUAGAUCACAAAUACGAUAGCAGCAGUGCAGCUGUAGAAUUAGAUAUAAUAGCUCUCUUCGUACAGUGAUAUUGUAACUUUAUACAGGAGAAAAACAAAAGAUAAGAUGAUGUAGCUUGCCUUAACCGAAGCAUGGAUAGAAUCAAUGGUUAUCACAUUUCUCUUUAACCUUCUGUACAUUGUUGUUAACAGUUGAUUUCUUAUUGUUCCUUGUGGUCUCCUCUGUGUCUGGUGAUAGCAAAAGUCUAAAUACACCAGUGCUAAUGCUUUUAUAAGUAAUAUUCGGUUGUGACAUUUCACUGAGUAAUAAAAUAGGAAUUCUGCUCUGUA